AAAAGAGAUGGGACUCGUUUAAAGACAUCCAGGGGCUGGAGAGGUGGCCGCAGCGGCAGCGCUGGCUGGAGCUCCCCCGCGGGCGGGAGCUGCGGGCGGGGGACGUCCGCAGCAGUUGCGGAUGUCAACCCGGGAACUCCUGGGUCUGUUGGUUUGUUUGCCAAGCAAAGUCUUUUCUUCUCUUGCUCAGACACUGAAGAGGCUCCAGGAUUGUUCUGCGAUCCCACCGCAAGCUGGCAGCUAUCCGGAGCCUUCCCAAGGAGCUGGCGGACAAACGAACCCUUCUGGGAGGAGGAUGGGCAAAGGGCGUCAGCGGCCGGGGUCACCCGGUGGGCAGCCCCUAGGCGCCAGUGCGCAGCGCUCCCUGAUCCGGUUCUUCGUGCAUGCGUGGCUGUGGGCAUCCUCGGGCUCGUCCGCCCAGGUAUUCAACCUCAGGCUUUCCGUGGACGAGGGUCUCCCCCCGGACACGCUGGUAGGUGACAUUCGCGCCGGAUUGCCAGCCGCGCAGCAACAGGAGGGAGGCGGAUUCUUUCUGUCCGAGGAUUCGGAUGACUCCCCGCUGCUGGACGACUUCCACGUGCACCCGGACACCGGCAUUAUCCGCACCGCUCGGCGCCUGGACCGCGAGAGGCGGGACCACUACAGCUUCGUGGCGGCCACGCUGCUGGGCGAGGUGGUGCAGGUGGAGAUCCACGUCAAUGACGUGAACGACCACUCACCCAGCUUUCCCCGAGACUCCCUGCUGCUCGACGUAUCGGAGCUCAGCCCACCUGGGACUGCGUUCCGCCUGCCAGAUGCCCAAGACCCGGACUCGGGGAGGUUCAGCAUCCAGGGCUACACCUUGAGGCAGGCAUACGGCCUGCUGGAGGAUCCCGCAGGACCGUUCUUCCGACUGCGCUACGGGACGUCUGGGCCACCGCCCUCGCAGCCCCUGCCGGAGUCCUCACCAUCCCUGGAACCACUGGACUUGGUGCUGUUGCGGCGCUUGGACCGAGAGGUGAUGGCGCAGCACGAACUGCAGAUUGAAGCUUGGGACGGUGGCAGCCCUCGGCGCACUGGCAGCCUGCAAGUGCACCUGCGUGUGCUGGAUGAAAACGACAACCCGCCGGUUUUUGAGCAGGAUGAGUACCCCACCACGGUACGUGAGGACGCCCCGCCGGGCACCGAGGUGUGCCGCGUGCACGCCACCGACCGCGACCUGGGGCCCAAUGGCCUGGUGCGCUACAGCAUCCGUGAGCGGUUAGCGGUCGGGGCCAGUGCAGGUGGCGUGCCCUCGGGGGACUCAGCCUACUUCUCGGUGGAGGAGCUGAGCGGCGUGGUGAGGGUGCGGAGACCUCUAGAUCGCGAGGCCCAGGCCUGGCACCAGCUGGUGGUCCAAGCCACAGAUGGAGGUGCCGAGCCAGAGGUUGCCACCGUGCGCGUGUCCAUCGCCGUGCUGGACGUGAAUGAUAACCAGCCCGCCAUCCACCUGAUUUUUCUCACGGAGGGAGGCACGGCCAGCGUCUCUGAGGGCGCCCGCCCUGGCGACUAUGUGGCUCGAGUCUCCGUGUCUGAUGCAGACGGUGACCCAGAGAAAGAAGAGGCGGCUGGGACGCUUGGUGCAGGUCUUGGGACCGGCAGCAUCUCGUUGUUCUUGGACGGUGGAGAGGGGGCCUUUGCGCUGAAGCCGGGUGGGCCUCCUGGAGUGUUUUUCCUUUGCGUGGAGGGCCCCUUAGACAGGGAAAGCCGAGAUCUGUAUGAGUUGAGACUAGUGGCCACAGAUGCUGGGUCCCCUCCAUUGAGCACCGAAGAGACAUUGCUGCUUAGGGUCGCUGAUCUCAACGACCAGCGGCCUGUCUUCAGCCAGGAGCAUUACUGGGCCUCAGUGUCUGAGGCCGCAGGCCCAGGCACCGCGGUGGUGUGGGUCAGCGCGACAGAUGCUGAUGAGGCGGGUACCAAUCACACCCGGCUAAACUAUGCGCUAAUCCACCUCUCUGCUGCUUGCAACUCUGAGGCUUUGUCACCCAAGGCAGAGUGUGCGCCAUCUUUCAGCAUCAACCCGGACAGUGGUGCGAUCAGCACUACCAGAUCUUUAGACAGAGAGGUCCAGGAGAGAGUGGAGCUGAGAGUGGUGGCCCAGGACCAAGGAGAGCCACGGCUCUCUGCCACCUGCCUGGUGAGCAUUACUGUGGAAGAUGUGAAUGACAACGAGCCUGUCUUCAGGAAGCAGGUGUACAAUGUCACCCUUGCAGAGCACACCCCAGUUGGACACUGCUUUCUGCAGGUAAAAGCCUCUGAUGCAGAUGCAGGGCUCUAUGGCUUGGUCGAGUAUUCUCUUUAUGAUGGAUUCCAAAGUUAUGAAGCACCUCCAGCAUUCCAGAUAGACCCUCGGGAUGGGCAAAUCUGUGUGUCUCAAGACAUUGACAGAGAACGAGAUCCAACCACCUUUGAUUUGCUGGUGAAAGCUAAGGAUGGGGGUGGUCUAAGUGCCCAAGCUUUUGUCCGGGUGGAACUAGAAGAUGUAAAUGAUAAUCAUCCUGUAUUUAAUCCAUCAACUUAUGUGACCAGCAUCAGCAUCCAGUCCCACCCAGGUACUGAGAUCGUCAAUGUUCUUGCCAGUGACAGGGAUUCUGGGAUAUACGGAACGGUGGCUUAUGAACUCAUUCCAGGAGACCUGUCAUCCUUUUUCACCAUUGACCCCCUUACAGGAAUUAUUUACUUAACAUCAACACUCAGCCAUUUGGAAGCUACCACACUCUUUCUGAUGGUUGGUGCUCGAGAUGGUGGUGGGCUCACAGCUGACACUAAUGCUGAUGUAACCAUACACAUUCUGCAGACCACAUUGGCUCCUGCGGAAUUUGAAAGGCCCAAGUACUCUUUCUCGGUAUACGAAGAUGCACCCAUCGGCAGCUUUGUUGGAACAGUGAAAGCAGGAGAGUCCUCAAAUUCCUCAGAGCCAAUCUCUUACCGAAUUUCCUCUGGGGAUCUGGACAGAAAGUUCUCCAUUCAUCAAUGGCUUGGCACUAUUCACACCCAGAAGCCUCUGGACCAUGAAGCUCAGCCCACAGUUGUCCUCACCAUCCAGGCCCAGCUCGGCAGCUCCUCAGCCUGCAGCAGCACAGAAGUAAACAUAACUGUGAUCGAUGUCAAUGACAACCAACCCAAGUUUCCCACAGCCUCAGAUGAGAUCAAGAUCUCCCAGACCACACCUCCUGGUACAGCCUUGUACCUUGCACGAGCAGAGGACAGAGACAGUGGGCUGAAUGGACUAGUCCGGUAUGCCAUUGCAAGCCCAAAGCCAAGUGUGUUUAGCGUUGACCCAGGAUUUGGGGUGUUGUAUCUCAGCGGGAACCUGGAUGGUCAGGUCCCAGGGAAGCUCACACUGACCCUGGUGGCUGAGGACCAUGGUGCUCCUCCUCAGGCAUCCCAGUUAGUGCUCACCAUAAUAAUAGACAAGCAAGAGCAAAGCCCUGUCUUAGCUUUUGAAAAUUUGGUCUAUCAAGUAGAAGUUAGUGAAUCUCUCCCACUGACAACACAAAUACUUCAAGUACAGGCCUACCCACUGCAUCUGUGGGGCCCAACCUCACAGAUGGUAUACACUCUGGAUGCCAGCGUGGACUCUGCAGCGUUUGGAAUACACUCUCACACAGGGUGGAUUUAUCUGCGGCGACAGCUCGACUAUGAAUCUACACAAACAUACAGGUUUAGAGUGUUUGCCAGGAUCCCAGAGGGCAGAUUGUUGCCGAAUGUGAGCACUUCGGUAAUCGUCCAUGUCUUAGAUGAGAAUGAUAAUUCCCCUGUCUUCUUGCAUGAUGUGAUGGUUUUGAAAGUGGAGGAGAGCCCUACUCCCCUAGGGGUAAUUGGCAAAAUUACAGCCAUUGACACAGACUCUGGGAAGAAUGGACAGCUGUCAUAUUUCCUUCUGUCUGAUGGAAAAUUCUUCAGGAUGAAUCCUAACACAGGUGAACUGAUUAGUUGGUUGGCAUUGGAUCGUGAGCAUCAGGGGCAUCAUCAGUUGACUGUCCUAGUGACGGAUCAUGGCUCUCCACCACGAAAUGCGACCACGGUAGUUUACAUCACAGUUACUGACAUCAAUGACAACAGGCCAUUUUUCCCACAAUGUCUCCCUGGAAAGGAAUUUCAUAUCAAGGUUUUGGAAGGUCAACCAGUAAAUACAUUGGUUACAACUGUAUUUGCAAAGGAUCUCGAUGAAGGACAUAGUGCAGAAGUCACAUACUCAGUCUCUUCAGAAGAUUAUCCUGCUCACUUUAAGAUUGAUGCCAACAGUGGUGAAGUUAGAACAACCACAGUACUGUCACAUGACUACAGACCUUCCUAUAGGAUAGCAGUUAUCGCCAGUGACCAGGGCUUGCCCCCACUGCAAGGGCAGGCCAUUAUCAACAUUCAGGUGAUACCCCUAUCCAAAGGGAGAAUUUUCAUGUCUCAGAAUAUCAGACAUUUAGUUAUCCCAGAAAACACGAAGCCUGCAAAAAUCAUGAGCUUGAUGAAGCCACCCAGUCCCCUUCAGCAACACCAUAAUGGGAAGUUACACUUCAGUAUUUUUGCAGAGGACAAGGAUGACCACUUUGAAAUCGACAGCUCAACAGGAGACCUGUUCCUCUCCGAAGAACUUGACUAUGAAAUAACAUCUCACUAUCUUAUCAGGGUGAUUUCUAAAGACCAUAGUCACGACCCUCCCCUGAACAGCACAAUCUUCCUUAGUGUCGAUGUGGAAGAUCAGAAUGACCAUUUUCCGUCAUUCCAGGAUGAGUUCAUUGUGAUAAGUGUGGAAGAGAAUGCUGCUGUAGGGACUCUGGUGUACGUCUUCAAUGCCAAGGACGGUGAUGGCAGCUUUCUGAACAGAAGGAUACAAUAUUUCAUGGAAUCCAGCCAUGUUGGAACAAAUCCAUUUCUCAUCCACCCCUCUUCUGGCACACUGGUUACCGCAUCUCCCCUGGACAGAGAGGACAUUCCAACUUUUAUCCUGACCAUUACUGCCUCUGAUCAGGCUGUGAAUGUGACGGACCGGCGGUGGAGGUCACUGGUGGCAGAAGUAGUGAUUUUGGAUGUGAAUGACCACAGCCCCAGCUUUGUGUCCUAUCCUGUUGCCUAUGUCAGAGAGGAUGCUGCGGUGGGCUCCCUGGUGCACCACGUAAGUGCCCAGGACCCAGAUGCAGGAAUGAAUGGAGAAGUAACAUAUAGCAUCCUCUCAGGAAAUGCGAACACGGCCUUUACGUUAGAUAAGUCGUCAGGCUUGUUAAUGACAGCUCGUCCUUUGGACUAUGAAGUGAAAACUCAGCACGUUCUGACCCUUGUGGCCCUUGAUGGUGGCACACCUGCACUUUCUUCAUCCCAGACUCUGACGAUUACUGUCCUUGAUGUAAACGAUGAGACACCGGUAUUUACACAAUACCCAUAUGAAGUUUCAGUUAAAGAAAACCAAAGUCCAGGGGCAUUUGUCACAAGGGUUGAAGCUAAAGACACAGAUUCAGGAGUCAAUUCCAAGCUUCAGUUUGAAAUCAUGCCAGGGCCUUUCUUUGGGUUGUUUGAAAUCAAUCGUGACACGGGAGAUGUGGUGACAAUGGCUACAUUUGACAGAGAAACUCAAGAAGUCUUCACGCUUCGAGUACUUGUGAGAGACGGAGGAGUCCCUUCGCUCUCCAGCACCACAGUGAUUGUCUGCACCAUUGAAGACGAAAACGAUCACGCACCAGAGCUUAUUUUCUCCAGUGACAACAUUGAGGUUCUAGAAAACCAAGAGCCAGGGCCUGUCUACACUGUGCUGGCUUUUGAUAUGGACGCUGGAAAUAAUGGAACCAUCACAUAUCACAUAUUUGGUGGAAAUGUUGAUGGGUACUUUGCCAUUCAUGUGACCUCAGGAGAACUCUCAACAACUCGCCCUUUGGAUCGGGAACAAAUCAACAAUUUUACCCUCAUUAUCCUGUGUUCAGACAUGGGGACUCCACCUCGGAGUUCUUUGAUGCAGUUGAAAGUUAGGGUCUUAGAUGACAAUGACCACAGCCCUUCCUUUCCCAUGCUUCAUUACCAGGCCCCUGUGAGAGAAGAUGCUGAGGUGAGCUCUGUGGUCCUUAUGCUCUCUGCUGUGGACAGAGACGAGGGCCUCAAUGGACAGAUAGAGUAUUUUCUGAUGGAGGAGACUUCUGGUGCAUUCACUAUUGAUCUUGAAACAGGAACCCUGAGAACUAGGCAUACUCUUGACCGAGAAGCCACAUCUCAGCACAUUUUCCAGGUCAUGGCCAGAGACCGAAGCAUCCAAGACUCAAGAAGCACCACGAUAACUGUACAAGUAUCUGUCACUGAUGUUAAUGAUAAUGAUCCGGUUUGGGAACAGAAUCCCAUUGAUGCUUUUCUUUCCCCUAAUCUGUCCAUAAACCAAAACGUUGUUCAUCUGAGAGCCAGUGACCCAGAUGCAGGGCCCAAUGGAACUGUCAUUUUCAGUUUUACAGACACCCAGUCAAUGUUUUCUAUUGAUGAAUAUACAGGAGAAGUUAAACUUCAGCAAAAUCUAUCUUCAGAAUGUUUUCCUAUCUGGGUGCAGUUAAAAGUCACAGAUCAAGGGGUCCCAGGGAGGACAGCCACUGGUCUCUUGGUCAUUCACAUGGAAGGAGAAAAUAGAAAGAUUUCCUUCAGCCACCAACUAUAUAAAGGACUCGUGAAUGAAAACUGUGAGGCAGGUACUUCUAUUGUGACUGUAAAAGCUUUUGCUCCUGUCUCAAUUCAAGAUACUUUGAAAUACUCAAUUUUCAGUGGAAAUGAAGAUGAAGUUUUUGCCAUGGGCUCUAACUCAGGACAACUCACUGUGAGAGAACCUAAAUUCCUUGAUUUUGAAGUGAGGAAUGAAGUGCAACUCAUUGUUUUUGCUGAGAUCGGUGGGUACAGAGCCUACAGCAAAGUGGAAGUUUCCAUAGAGGAUGUGAAUGAUAAUUCUCCACGCUUUGAGCAAAGUGUUUACUGGGCAUCUGUGACUGAAGGCCAACCCUGCAGUGCUCAUGUCACACAGGUUUUUGCCACCGACUUGGAUGGGGGGUUGAACGGCCUGAUCCAGUAUUCCAUUGUCUCUGGCAACCAAGGAGAAGUCUUCCAGAUUGACUCACAGAGUGGUGUGGUAACAACAUCUGCCAUCCUGGACUACGAGUCCACCAUCUCCUACAGCUUGAUUGUACAAGCCACAGAUAGAGGGGUGCCCCGACGUUCUGACACAACUGUGAUCAAGAUACAGGUGACUGAUAUAAAUGACAAUGCUCCUACCUUUCUCCCAUCAGACGCAGUAGAAAUUGCAGAAAAUUCUUUGCCUGGUGUGAUUGUGUCUCAGGUGUCAGUUCGUGAUGUGGAUCUGAGUCCAGCUUUCAUCUUCAGUCUUGCGGAGGAAAGUAAUCCUGGAACCAAGUUUGCUAUCCAUCAGGACACUGGAGUGGUGGUGGUGGUGGGAGCACUGGAUUUUGAAGAGACCUCUGAAUAUGAGCUGCUCGUCCAGAUUUCUGAUUCAGUGCACCACAUAGAGGGAUUCCUCACUGUCCAUGUGCUGGACAUCAAUGAUAAUCCACCAGUGUUUUCUCAAGAUUUCUAUCAGGCUACAAUUUCUGAGUCAGUACCUAUAGGAUACUCAGUGUUGACCCUGUCAGCUACAGACCUGGAACACAAUGGGACCAUUUCUUACAGGAUUUUGUCCUCCUCUAAGGAAUUCUCCAUUGAUCCCCUGAGUGGUACCAUAGUUACUACCAAUCCUGUGUUACUUGUGGAUAAAAUACCAACAAUUAGAUUUCUUGUUGAAGCCAGUGAUGGUGGAAUUCCUGCUCUGAAGGCGCUUACAUUAGUAGAAAUAGAAAUACAAGAUGUGAACAAGUAUGCCCCUGAGUUUGCAGAAGAAUAUUAUAAUCUUAGCCUGGGUGAAGAUGCUCCAAUUGGAAGCACCCUCCUGGUGUUUUCAACCAUUGACCAUGACUGGACUGUUCAAAACACACACGUUGAGUAUUCCAUCAUAAGUGGCAAUUCACAGAACAACUUCCACAUCGAAACUAGUCUUGUCCAUUCAGAAUAUCCUCAUAAGCAGUUUGGUUCUCUCAUGUUACUUCACACUCUGGACAGAGAAGCCAGUGCCAGCCAUAAGCUUGUUGUCCUAGCAUCUGACCAUGGUUGCCCACCAUUGAGUUCCACAGCCAUCAUAACCAUAGAAGUACUUGAUGUCAAUGACAACCCGCCCACUUUCAGCAGUCAGCAGUACCAAGUCCAUGUGAAGGAAAGUACUCCUGUAGGGAGCCACAUCACUGUGGUGUCAGCAGAUGACCCUGACAUGGGUUCACAUGCACGAAUCAUCUAUGGUAUAAUCUCUGGGAAUGAGAAGGAACAGUUUUACUUGGAAGAAACAACUGGGGUUCUUUAUUUGCUUAAACCUCUGGAUUAUGAGAAAAUGAUCAAAUUCACCUUAACUGUCCAUGCUGCAGAUGCAGAGCAGAAAUAUGACUCGUUUGCAACUGUGCUCAUUAAUGUUUUAGAUGAUAAUGACCACGUGCCUCGGUUCAUGUCCCCUACCUUGACCUGUGUCGUUCCUGAAGACUUACCUGCUUUCUCCACAGUGUGUUCUGUACACGCUCUGGAUUUUGAUGCUGGGCCUUAUGGAGAUGUGACUUACACUAUCUUGUCACCCUGUCUUGUCACACAGGGGAUGCCUUCCUUUCAGGAUCUCUUUGUCAUUGACCCUUUAACAGGGGACAUUCAUACUGAGAAAAUGCUUGACUAUGAAAGUAUCGACAAGUACUGCCUUGUGGUUCAGGCCAAAGAUAGAGGUGGCUCCACAGCCUCUCUUGUGGUUUGGGUGCAAGUCGAAGGGAUUGAUGAAUUUGAACCCAUCUUUACUCAAGAUCAAUAUUUUUUCAACCUCCCCAAAAAGAAUCAAGGACAACAGCUCAUUGGUCGAGUAGAAGCCUCAGAUGCAGAUGCUGGAGUUGAUGGGGUCAUUCUUUAUUCCCUUGAGACUUCAUCUCCUUACUUUUCAGUAAACAAAACAAGUGGCAAUAUUUACUGGCUUAGAGCCCCUUUCUUAAUAAAUGAUCAGCUCAGUAAAGAAGAUACCCUUGAAGUGAAAAUAAUUGCUCAUAGUCCCAAACCUGGCUCCAAGUUCACAUCCUGUAGUGUGUUCGUGAAUGUCUCACUAUCCUCUGAAGGACGCCAGGAAGUGGUAUUUGUCCACAGCUUCUCUAUCAGUCUCACUGUAUCCUUUCUGGUGUUUUUGUUACUGGUCUGCACUCUGAUUGUACUGAUUUUGAGACGUAAACAAAAAGACCCACUACACAGCUAUGAGAAGAAGUCAUCAGCAUCCACAGACAUCAAUCCAAGACUGACCGGUGCUGCCAGUGAGGUCAAGGCCACGCAGGAGACCACAGUGUGCAGGGAUGCAAUGGGGCCGACUGGAGCCAUGCCCACUGAAUGGUUGAACUUAAUGAGUGUCAUGGAGAAGGACAUUGCCCAUCUGUACAGGCACUCAAACUCCAGUGGCCACUGCUCUGUGGAUGGAGAAACUGCAGAAGAUAAGGAAAUCCAGAGGAUAAACGAGCACCCCUACAGAAAGGAUUCAGACUCAGCCCUGAGUGACCGGGGUUCCAGGGUGCCGGACUCAGGCAUCCCCAGGGACUCGGACCAGCUCUCCUGCCUGUCAGGAGAGACAGACAUGAUGGCCAGUACUGAGGUAGCAGAAGUCAGCAAUACAUUUGAGGGAGGAGAUGGAGAGGAAGACUGUAAUACAAUCUGUGUUCCAAAUCAUGCAUCACCCCAGAAAAGAGAAGCAAAAGCAGGUGUUUUGCCUGAUAGCAGGAAAGAGUCUAUAGCUCUUUCAACUCAGAUGACCUCUGAUGAUUUCACAAGAGGACACUGUGCCUGGAAUUAUCUCCUCAGUUGGGAACCCAAGUUCCAGCAUCUCGCCUCAGUGUUUAAUGAUAUUGCAAAACUAAAGGAUGAACAUUUGCAGAUGCCUGGCAUCCCAAAAGACCAAUCUUUUGUUUUUCCACCCCCUUUGAUAACAGCAGUAGCAGAGCCUGGGAUUAAGGCAGUCCCCCCACGAAUGCCAGUCACUGCCUUGGGGCCGGUUCUCCAGAAAUUCCCCCGCUCUCCCCUUCCCUACCAUGGUGGCUCACUGCCAGAAGCCAUGACUCCCAGCUUCUCUCCUUCUCUUUCCUUAUUGACAAUGCUGACUCCUGCCCGGUCCCCACGGUUACCAGAUGGAGAAUUAGGAACACACACACACAGUGCAUGCUGUGAACGGAACACAGAUGAAGCUCAAAUAUAAAACAACUGUGGUGCCAAUUGAUGAAAAAAUCCAGCAUAAAUAAUGAACAAAAUAUAAGCAAAUGCCACCUCAGGAUUGGGUUCAUUCUUAUCUAAACUUGAGUCGUCUCAUGUAACCAGGGGUUUAAAAACCUGUUUAUUUAAGUUUCGCGAAAUUCUUCAGGCCUUAAUAAGAAGUUAUUUCUUCUUUUAGACUUUAUGAUUUUCUCUCAGGCUCAAGUUAGUGUACAUCAACUAGUGUCUACUUUGUUAUACCUGGGUUUUGUUGUUUUGUAUGAUUAGAUUUCCAAAGGACACAGUGAAUUUUACUGACUGCCUAAAGAUUUAUAGAGAACAUAAUGCUGCCGAGGAUGUGGUUAUAGGUAAAAUAAAGGAGUGUCAGACUAGGGAGUGAGUUAAGGACAGAAAGGAACCAACAGGGAAAAUCGAGAGAGAAAUUAAGCUUUAAGAUGAAGUGGCAGCCUGUGAAUCUGAUGUGUUCAGAAAUGCAUUUCUGCUUUUUUGAACAUCUAAUCAGAAAUUAUCAGAAUAAUUUGUCAUAACUGUGCUGAUAGGGUGAAACCAACAUUCCUUACUGAAUGAACCAGAAGAGCCUCUUCUUGAUAAAGGGCCUGGAUCAACAGCAAUAAUACCUACAUGGGUGCCUGCCACCAGAGACUUGUUACCUCGGCCUUCUCUACAAAUGACUCUUUGGUUUGCAGUGCUCUGUCUUGUAAUAAGGCAUGAGA